AUGGCGAUAACACUGAUAAUACUGGGAUUUGCGUUCCAGUUACCGUUAACUGCUGGUUCUACGGCAACAUUGACCGGUCGUGCUCCCACUAUUGCUGUAGGCGUACCAUCUGAUACAGGGUUCAACUCUGGUACCCAUCACCGGAAACCUUCAAACCUUCACUAG